AGGCGAGCGCGGAGACGUGGGCCGGCGCUAUGAGUGUCCCGGCCUUCAUCGACAUCAGCGAGGAGGACCAGGCUGCCGAGCUGCGAGCGUACCUCAAGUCCAAAGGAGCGGAAAUCUCGGAGGAGAACUUGGAAGGCGGGCUUCAUGUGGACCUAGCUCAGAUCGUUGAGGCCUGUGACGGCUGUCUGAAGGAAGACGAUAAGGAUGUGGAAAGUGUGAUGAACAGUGUGGUCUCCCUGUUACUGAUUCUUGAACCGGACAAGCAGGAGGCCCUGAUCGAAAGCCUGUGUGAGAAGCUGGUCAAAUUCCGGGAAGGCGAGCGUCCGUCUCUGAGACUGCAGCUGCUUAGCAACCUUUUCCAUGGGAUGGAUAAGAACACCCUGGUGAGGUACGUGGUGUACUGCAGCCUCGUUAGAGUGGCGGCGUCCUGCGGGGCCAUCCAGUAUGUGCCUACAGAGCUGGACCAGGUUAGAAAAUGGAUUUCUGACUGGAAUCUCACCACGGAAAAGAAACACACCCUUUUAAGGCUACUUUAUGAGGCACUCGUGGAUUGUAAGAAAAGCGAUGCUGCUUCAAAAGUCAUGGUGGAAUUGCUUGGAAGUUACACGGAGGACAAUGCUUCUCAGGCGCGAGUCGAUGCCCACAGGUGCAUUGUACGAGCAUUGAAAGAUCCAAAUGCCUUUCUUUUUGACCAUCUUCUUACUUUAAAACCAGUCAAGUUUCUGGAAGGCGAGCUUAUUCAUGAU